CAGUCCGCUGCCUUAUACGAAACACGAAGGAAGGAGGAUGUUUUGCAACCGCAAGCGAGAAGUAGCUGUCUUCCUGUGACUCUUGCUUUGUAUCGCUGGCUGUGUUAUUUUAUGCAAUAAAAUAUCCGGAUUUACUUUAUAAUACAUUUGUAAUCAAAAAACAGGUGCAUUGUCCAGAUUUGCCUUUUCUGCGAGUUCGGUUUUAUUACGUUACCAAUUUGUCUGUGUGUUUAUUUAUCUGGAAGCUUUUUCUGACGAGCUAACUGUAGCGGGCUAGCGCAACCUAUUGACAAGUGGAAGUGACAGCUCCGCUACUGGCAUACCACGACCCUACGACCAAGUGGGUGAGAUGUCGAGGCGAAGCACAAGGCUGGGGCAGUAUUCGCAGCCUGACGACGACGCGGCUAGUACCAGCUCCACCGGCUCCACCAGCCAGAUCUCCUACAGAGAGAACCCUGUCAGGAUCUUUAAGAAGAAGACGGGGGGGCGCAGGUCGGGGUCCCGCUCCUCUGAGGUCACCGCCCGCGAUUCGCUCAGCCGGUACACAGAUUAUGAUGAACCCGCCGCGGAGGAAGACUGGGGCUCAGUGGAGCGAAAGGCGACGCCCCCGAGGAAGACUGCCUCCUCGUUUCGGACCUUCGGCGCGGAGCCCCUGCUCUCAGCCAGAGGAAGCCCCGCUCUGGUCAGCAGCCUGCAGGAGGUGCAGGGACACUCCUCCGGCUACUCCUCCUCUGAGGAGGGAUACUACCGCCCCGACCUCAAAUCGGCCCAGUCUCCCACAGAACCCGAGUUUGGGGUUAAGGAUGUCAUCCGUUCCCCAGCUCGCGUCAUGGCCAUGCUGUUUUGGAGGCUGGGGUCAGCCUGGUACGCCCUGACCUCCGGACUCUCCCUGCUGGACGUCUUCCUGCUCAGCAGGCGGACUGCAGCCGCGAGGAAGGCCAUCCUUCUCUUCCUCCUCCUCCUCUUCCUGGCGUUCGCUGUAUGGUACUGGUUGCCCCACCUCUCCAGCUUCUUCGCCCUGAGGGCAGUGAAAUCUAAACCGGGUGUCUCUGCACCAGUCAGAACUGUCCCACAGGACGUUGCCGUGGCUCCGGACCUGUCCGCACUCCGGGACGAGAUCAACGGCCGCUUCGUGGAGAGAGAGGCCCGGUGGACGGAGGAGAGGGAGAGGGCGAUGCGUGCGGAGGAGAGAUGGAGGGAGGAGAGAGGGAGAGAACAGGAGAACAUGCUGAGGGAGCUCGCACUGCUGAAGCAGGACGGAGAGAAACUGAAGCUGUUGUCUGAGAUGCUGAAGACUGAAAUGAGAAACCUACAGCAAACAGUCAGGAGUGGCGACGCUGAGCAUCGCAGCAGACUUGGGCAGGAGACGGCAGGACUGGACAGACAGAUAUCUGACCUGAGGGCUGAAAUGACCUCCCUUCACAGUGCAACAGAUUUACUGCAACAGCGAGUGGACUCCCAGGAAGCAAACAAUGCUAAGCUGAAGGCGGAGCUGUCCGCGUGGCUGCUGGAGAACCUCGCCUCUGGAGCGCCGAGCGCGGGCCUGGUGCUGCGGCCCGAGCUGCAGGGGGCGCUAGAGGACCUGGAGAAGAAGCUGCUGGACCGGCUGGCGGAGGACAGGGUGAAGAACAAGGGAGACGCGUGGAGGAGCGUGGGAGAGACCCUGCGGGGGGAGGGGGCGGGGGCCGUGACCGUACAGGACGUCCACCAGAUCGUGGGCAGAGCGCUGAGCCUGUACAGGGCGGACGGCAUCGGCAUGGUGGACUACGCCCUGGAGUCUUCAGGUGCCAGUGUGGUCAACACACGAUGUUCAGAGACUUAUCGGACCCGGUCAGCUUGUCUCAGUCUGUUUGGAAUCCCUCUGUGGUACCACUCUGAGAGUCCCCGCACAGUCAUACAGCCGGAGGUAUACCCAGGGAAGUGCUGGGCGUUCCGUGGCGGUCAGGGCUUCGUUGUGAUCGCCCUGUCCUACCCGGUCAACAUCACCCACGUGACCCUCGAGCACCUGCCCAAAACGCUGUCCCCCACCGGCCGCAUCGACAGCGCCCCCAAAGACUUCUCCGUCUACGGAAUGUCCAAUGAAAAGGACGAAGGGAUAUUUUUGGGCUCCUUCACGUACGACCAGGAUGGAGAACCCAUUCAGACCUUCAAACUGCCGGAUUCCCUGGAGGGGGUGUAUAGAAUGGUGGAGCUGAGAAUUCUCAGUAACUGGGGUCACCUGGAGUACACCUGUGUGUAUCGCUUUAGAGUGCACGGCCAGCCCUGGACCACAGAGGAGUGACACAGGCUCUAGAGAGAGCCUCAGCUUGCCUGCCGGCUAUUGUUCCUAUGCAAAAAUAAUAAAUAAAAAUAAAGAAAUAAGGUCAAUUAUAACCUAGUUUAGUAAAGGUGUGCAAAUACAAGGUAACAUGCACAUUGUAUAAACUGCGUUGUACCAGAUGCAAAGGGUUCUCUUCGCUCACUGUUUGUCUGUCUCUCCUGGGCUGUGCUCUGUACUGGCUGUAGCACGGUGCCAAUUGCCUCGAGCACACUUUGCAAAAGCUACCAAAAGCUUCCAUAUGCCUUUGUGCCCUGGUGUAUGUGAUUAUGCAGUGAGAAAGACACACAUUCAUGCACUUGUGUGCAGACAGGCACAUACUGAACAGAAGCACACACACACACACAAACACACAUGUGCACACCCACCGCAUGCACACAUACAUGCGCAUGCACACCCACACACACACACACACACAAACAUGCACAUUCACACAAAUGCAACAAUGUACACGUAUUGCUAGAACAUUUGAUGUCCUCCUGUAUUGGAGCAAAAAGAGUAAGGAUUUGGAUGUAUAUUUUGACAUUUUGCACUAUUGGCAAUGUAUCAUUGUACCAUUAUUGCUGUUUGAGUUUAUUUCUUUUUGUUAAUUUAUAUUUGGCUUUGCACUUGAACUUGCAUUUGGCUUUGUAUUUAUGAAUGAUAUGGGGCUUUCGUUGUGGCUUACUAUUUUUUGGUACUCUGUCAACGCAAGAAGAGUUGUACAUUUUUAUUCAUAUCUGAAGGCACGGUACAUAACCAUGUUGGUAUAUUUCAACAUUAACAUCCUUUAGAAAUGCAAGACCUGUCCUUAAAAAAAAUGUCUUGAAAAGUACUCAUUACAUUAAAGUGGUGAACAAAAGGUAUAAAAAAAUAGCAGUGGAGUUGAUCAUACAGACUGACAGGUAUUUGUAUGUUCUGCUGAAAAUGCAACUAGAUUUAUAAAAGACUGGCCAAUUGUGUGUGAAUUUUUGUACCCAUUUAGCUACUGCAGUGGAACGCUGAUCAUUCACAUCACGCUCUGUGCGGGUUGAGGCUGAGUACCUGGUCUUGCAAAUUCUUGUACAGUAUUUAGUUUUAGAAAAAAACUGUUCAGUGUUGUUUCUGUCUGUAAGGGCACCCCAUCAUUCCAGAGGGCACUGAUACUUAUUGCAGGGCAACUGCUGCACACAGUAAAAUUGAACCGUGAACCUCUGAAUGUGGCUCAGGCUUUUGUAGUCAUUAUUCAAACUUCUUAUCAGUGCUGUCCAAAUUGAGAUGACUUUUAAAUACUUGAAUCUGUACUUGAAUGUUCAGUCAGUGUUGUGUGUUGAUAUGAAUGAUAUUUCUAAGCUGCAACUAAUCGCCGGAUCAUUUUUGCCUCUUAAUUUUCUUUUUGGUUUGUAUUGUCUGUUUUUCAUUAACAUAUUUCAAAGCAAUACAUUGUUAAAAAAUAUUAACAUUUCAUUUCCUUGUUGGCUUAAACCAAAAUUUUGUGUUGACUCAAUUGAUCUCAGUUGCUAGGAAAGUGUUACAUUCCUUUUUUUGGGGUUUCUGAUAUGCGUAUAUUGUUUUGGUUCGGGGUUUUUUCCAUUGCAUUGUUGUAGUCCAUGUUAACAUUAUUGUAGUGGCUGAAGCCUGCUGUUCAGUCCAAACAUAGUGUGUUGCUCAUGACAAUUUAUUUCCAUAUGCACUUCAGUGACUUUUUUUUUUUUUUGAAGUAAAAUGUUUUUAAAGCAUCAAGAAUGUAGGUGACCGUGACGCAAUAGAUUUACUGCUGAUUUUGACAGACAGGUGUGAUUUGGUUUGUUCACCCCUUUAUGAAACACACAAAUAUGAAGACGCAGGGUUGCUCCCAAGUGUUCCUGUUGGUAAAAGCACUUGCCACAAGCACAGGCUGGACGCUGUAGCUCAGACAUCUUGGGUUGUGUCAUUAGCCAACCGUGACAGAUACACCCCCGCAGCAGGAUAAAACUGGCUUCACUUUGGUGUGGACAGGAUGGAUUUAUAGUUUUGGGCAGAGAAUUAUUCCCUUUAUGCAAAGACUGGGCAGACACUGUGCGAUACGCUGGAUACUU